AUGUCUUCCCUCGUUAUAUAUCGCAGAAAUGGGGGCGUUCUUAUGGGGAGAUGUGGUAGGAGAAUCAACUCCAGAGUGCCUAUUGACUUUUCCCAAGUUACAGUCAACAAUGACGGUGCCUUACCUGCAUAUGGGAACUAUGACAUGAACAGCACUUAUAUCAUACCCAUUACAAGCGGGAACUUCACAAUUGGGAACGAUACCUACGCGAUUCAUCCUAAUCCUAUAUUUGCAGGAGGCCCUUCAUGCAAGACAGAUGUUGACUCUGUCAACAACCGCAUUUCAGUUUACUGCACAAUGUUGUAUUGGGAUUAUACAGACAUUAUCUACGAAAUGAAGACAGUAGACACCAAUUGCUUUGGCCCUUUCCCCCCGGUGAGGGGGCAAUUUGACUCGGACUAUCACAAGAAGAGCGACCCAAUGCCAAAAAUAGGUCGUCGUUGUAAGAAGAAGAAGAAGAAGAAGGAAGGAGAACCACUAGCGCCUCUGAACGCUGACGGAGCUGGAUGGCCUCACCAGAGGUACUUGUACCAGCAGAUCUCAGACGUUGUGCAUUGUGGCAGUAACCAUACCUGUUGUGUUAGCAGUGAUAGGUCGAAGACAGAAUCUUUUUCGGCCCAAAUGCUAAUGGGCUUUGGCAUGAAUGCCGAACCGCCAUCAAUAAUACCGCUAAUUUCACUUACUAUAACCUCUCAAGUCACCAUCGGUUUCUCGAUUACGGAGGCUUGGACUGAAGGGAAUUCAUAUACUUGCCAUGGCAACCCAGGUGAUCAAGUCUGCAUUUGGUACAGGGUUGCCCAUACUGCAUUUGUCAUUCGAGAGCCCGGUAAGGAGUUUAUUAAUUCCUGUGAGAUCCAUGGUAAGCAAAAUAUGAUAGUUGCCCCUAAUCGGCAAAAUGAGGGUGGUGGGGUUAUCUGCAGAUACAAUGAUGAAUGCAGAUCAAUGGGUGAAAGAAUCUGGGACUGCUACGGUAGGCAAGAUGAACAUCUUAGGUACUGUCCACCUCCUGGAUAUCCACCUAAGUUCAACUGGAGAGCCUGA